UACAGUAACCCUGUAUUCAUUCAGCGAAUUCCAACACGACGACAAAUCAUUUUAUCUCUAGCCCUUCUUCUACAACUAGCGUCUUCUUUCACCCAGUAUUCCUGGCUGUUCCAUUUCCCACAUACAACCAGUUUACGCCCAAUUCAAUCUAUUUUCUCAAAGAUCAUGUGGGCUCCCACUCGAAACUCUUCUCAACCUUCAAACAAGAAGCUGCAGAAACAGGGAAGUGCAUUGUUAGGAGUAAGUUUCAAACCUGAAAACUUCAUUCCAGGCCUUGUUAUUGGUUUCAUAUUGGGGUUAUUUCUGGAUUUGUCGAAACCCACUAAAACCCUUUCCAAGAAGAAGAAUUUCCUAUCUGGAAAGCUUCGAGAACUAGACUUAGUUUCCUAUAAUGCUGACCAAGACCUUAAAAUGGUUUUAGUGGUUAGACAAGACCUAAAGAUGAAAGCAGGGAAGAUCGCGUCCCAAUGUGCACAUGCUGCCACUGGCAUUUAUGCUGAAUUAAUGCAUAGUGAUCGAUCCCUUUUAAGAGAAUGGGAGGAUUGUGGGCAACCCAAAAUAGUCGUUACAUGCAGGAAUCAACAAGAAAUGAAUAAGUUAAGGGAUGCAGCUGAGGGUAUUGGCCUUCCAACUUUUGUUGUUGCUGAUGCUGGAAGAACGCAGGUUUCAGCAGGAUCAAAGACAGUUCUUGCCAUUGGACCUGGACCAAACGUGGUAGUUGAUUCAGUGACAGGGAAGUUGAACUUGCUCUAAUGUUGUUGAAGCAAAAGAAAAAAACAAAAACCUUCUUAUGGUGCCUCCACAGUCAACAGUAAUGAGUCUAAUCGCUUCACAACAAUGAUGUUUCGGAGGAGGAGCAACCUUUUGGUUGGCUUGUGGAACCAAUUAGACUCAGAACAAGGAAUAGAACAAAUCAGAGCCGUUGGUAGAUGAGGAUUAUCUCUAACCAUUCAUUAGUUGGACGGAGAAAUGAAAUACCAAUUGGAAUUUGUUGCUACAACAGAUUGAGGAACCAUAAUGUUCAUUUCGUAUCUGACUAUUAUGUACUCUAACCAUUGAUGGGUUGCUUUUUUCCUUGAUUAAGUUAUGAUCUAGUGCUAUUCAACGGAAAUUCAGAAGGAAAUAAUGCUAUUUAUCAUUGUCUUAGCA